AUGAAUCCAAGAGUCAACCAGGAGUGGACCCCCUCUGAGGUAGAGGGGGAUAGAUCAAUCAUCGAUGGGCUCAACAACAACUACUACAAUGAUGGCACCAGCCAUGAGAUGCAUAUGUUGCAGUGUCCAGAGAAGGAGUGCCAUGUUACCAAUAGUGACCAUGGUGUCAAUUACACCGUGGAUGGCCCAGUGAGUAAAUACUUUGGAUUGCAAGAGGAGGCCGCAAUGGAAGGAACGGACUUUUUGUUUGGUUGUCCAUUAGAUAUUAGGAAAACCAUAGAUAGUCAAGAGGAGGUGCCGAUGGUGGAGCAGAAUAAGGUGGUGUUGGAGAAUAAGACGUUCAUCCACCAACCAGUGCUUGCACCACACGCCAAGGGGUUUUGGACCCCUGAUGAGCACAGGCUCUUUCUCCAUGGCUUGAGCGUAUGUGGCCGUGGCAAAUGGAAGGACAUCUCAAAGCACUUCGUCACUAGUAGGACUCCGACCCAGAUUUCAAGUCAUGCACAGAAGUACUUCAUGAGGCUAAAGAGCAAAGGGUCAGGAAGCCAACGCUACAGCAUCAACGACGUGGAGCUCGAUGAUGCUAACCCAUGGAAAAUGGAGAAUAGCUUUAACUUCUGGCAAGCACUUGCCUUGCAAUCUACAAUUGGUGCUGAUAACCAAAAUCCAAGCUUCAAUCUACAGACUCCUUCGAGUCCAUUUGUCACCAUGAACAAUAUACCCUAG